UGCUUCUAGAUAUGUUUACAUGGGAAGUUUCGUGGAAUAAGAAAGCGAAAGAAAAAAGGUAAAAUCUCGUCCGGUUCUCCGGUUCUGUUGGGCCUCUAUCUGUGAUGUUCAGAUGUUUUUCAACACCAUAGACUGAACAAAUUGUGAAGGUACAAAGUGUGUGAGAGAUGAUGUGUAUGUGACUUUAACAACAUGGAUCAGUGUGAGGACAGAGAGGAGGAAGUCCCUCCAUCUGAAACCACCAGAGGUCAGAGGAUUCCUGAAAGAAUGAAGCAUACCCAUGAUCCAGAACCAGAACCCAGCUGUGUGUCCUUUAAGAGCGACUGGUCAAAGGAGAUUUUUACUGACUUUAAAUCUUCUGGACCUUCAUCAUCAGAGAGGAUUCCUAAAAGACUGAAGCGUGCCCAUGAUCCAGAACCAGAACCCAGCUGUGUGUCCUUUAAGAGCGACAGGUCAAAGGAGAUUGGUAUUGAGUUUAAAUCUUCUGGACCGUCAUCAUCAGAGAGGAUUCCUGAAAGACGGAAGCGUGCCCAUGAUCCAGAACCAGAACCCAGCUGUAUGUCCUUUAAGAGCGACAGGUCAAAGGAGAUUGGUAUUGAGUUUAAGUCUUCUGGACCUUCAUCAUCAGAGAGAGUGGACCAGCAGAGCUCAGAGGUUCCUAGUGGUCAGUCUGCCCAGCAGCACCAAACACAACUGGACUCCAUAUUUAUGCUGCUGGAGGAAAACAUUGUCACUUUUGUGAAGAAUGAGCUGAAGAAGAUCCAGAAAGUUCUGAGCCCAGAUGACCCAGAAUGCUCAGAGAGUCAGAGAGAAGAUGAUGAGUUGGAAGGUGAGGAUGAAGAGCAGAGGAGGAGCAGCAGAGAGGCAGUGAUGAAGAUCACACUGAACUUCCUGAGGAAAAUGAAGCAGGAGGAGCUGGCUGACUGUCUACAGAGCAAACAUCUUGCUGCAAUUUGUCAACAUCAACUUAAAUCUGGUCUGAAGAAGAAGUUCCAGUCUGUGUUUGAGGGGAUUGCUAAAGCAGGAAGUCCAACCCUUCUGAACCAGAUCUACACAGAGCUCUACAUCACAGAGGGAGGGACUGGAGAGGUCAAURAUGAACAUGAGGUCAGACAGAUUGAAACAGCAUCCAGGAAACCACACAGACCAGAAACAAUAAUCAGACAAGAGGACAUCUUUAAAGUCCAAGCUCGAAGAGAUCAACCAAUCAGAACAGUGAUGACAAAGGGAGUGGCUGGCAUUGGGAAAACAGUCUUAACACAGAAGUUCACUCUGGACUGGGCUGAAGACAAAGCCCACCAGAACAUCCACUUCAUAUUUCCAUUCACCUUCAGAGAGCUGAAUGUGCUGAAAGAGAAAAAGUUCAGUUUGGUGGAACUUGUUCAUCACUUCUUUACUGAAACCAAAGAAAUCUGCAGCUUUGAACACUUCCAGGUYCUGUUCAUCUUUGAUGGYBUGGAUGAGAGUAGACUUCYRCUGGACUUCCACAACAAGGAGAUCCUGACUGAUGCUACAGAGUCCAGCUCAGUGGAUGUUCUGCUGACAAACCUCAUCAGGGGGAAACUGCUUCCCUYUGCUCUCCUCUGGAUAACCACACGACCUGCAGCAGCCAAUCAGAUCCCUGCUGAGUGUGUUGGCUUGGUGACAGAGGUCAGAGGGUUCACUGACCCACAGAAGGAGGAGUACUUUAGGAAGAGAUUCAGAGAUAAGGAGCAGGCCAGCAGGAUCAUCUCCCACAUGAAGACAUCACGAAGCCUCCACAUCAUGUGCCACAUCCCAGUCUUCUGCUGGAUCACUGCUACAGUUCUGGAGGAUGUGUUGGAGACCAGAGAGGGAGGAGAGCUGCCCAGAACYCUGACUGAGAUGUACAUCCACUUCCUGGUGGUUCAGACCAAAGUGAAGAAGGUCAAAUAUGAUGGUGGAGCUAAAACAGAUCCACACUGGAGUCCAGAGAGCAGGAAGAUGAUUGAGUCUCUGGGAAAACUGGCUUUUGAUCAGCUGCAGAAAGGAAACCUGAUCUUCUAUGAAUCAGACCUGACAGAGUGUGGCAUCGAUAUCAGAGCAGCCUCAGUGUACUCAGGAGUGUUCACACAGAUYUUYAGAGAGGAGAGAGGGUUGUACCAGGACAAGGUGUUCUGCUUUGUCCAUCUGAGUGUUCAGGAGUUUCUGGCUGCUCUUCAUGUUCAUCUGACCUUCAUCAACUCUAGUGUCAAGAAACAAAGAAUAAGGAUCGAAGAAAAAAAAAACAAAAACAGUUCUUCAUUACCUAAUAUACCUAAACUAAAGUCUCCUCAUCAGAACGCUGUUGAGCAGGUCUUACAGUGGUCAAACCAACACCUGGGGGUCAUCCCAAUGAAAGAAAUACUAACAACAUCUCACAUGCCUUCAUUUAAAAAGAUCCAUCCCUCCAUCCAUCCAUAUUCUUACACUCUUGACCCUAGUGGGUUUGGGAGGGGUGCUGGUGCCUAUCGUCAGCGAGACAGCUUGGGCGAGAGACGGCAUACAUCCCGGAUGGGUCACAUGUCCAUCGCAACAUCUAACAUGCCUUCAAUUGAAGAAACACUAAUAAUACUUGACCAGCCUUCAUUUCGGGGGGAGCUAAAAAUACCACAUCUCCAUCAGAUAGCUGUUGACCAGGCCUUACAGAGUCUAAAUGGACAUCUGGACUUGUUCCUCCGUUUCCUCCUAGGACUUUCACUGCAGACCAAUCAGAGACUUCUACAAGGUCUGGUGACACAGGCAGAAAGUAGCUCACAGACCAAUCAGGAAACAGUUCAGUACAUCAAGAAGAAGAUCAGUCAUAAUGUGUCUGCAGAGAAAAGCAUCAACCUGUUCCACUGUCUGAAUGAACUGAAUGAUCGUUCUCUAGAGGAGGAUAUCCAACAAUCUCUGAGUUCAGGAAGUCUCUCCACAGAUGAAUUGUCUCCUGCUCAGUGGUCAGCUCUGGCUUUCAUCUUACUGUCAUCAGGAGAAGAUCUGGAUUUGUUUGACCUGAAGAAAUACUCUGCUUCAGAGUAUGCUCUUCUGAGGCUGCUGCCAGUGGUUAAAGCCUCCAACAAAGCUCUACUGAUUGGCUGUAAACUCUCAAAGAGAAGCUGUGAAGCUCUGACCUCAGCCCUCAGCUCCCCAUCCUGCAGUCUCAGAGAACUGGACCUGAGUAACAAUGACCUUUGGGAUUUAGGAGUGGAGCUUCUUUAUGCUGGACUGAAGAGUCCAAACUGCAAACUGAUGACUCUAAGACUGAGUGACUGUAAACUCUCAAAGAGAAGUUGUGAAGCUCUGUUCUCACUUCUAAGCUCCCCAUCCUGCAGUCUCACAGAACUGGACCUGAGUAACAAUGACCUUCAGGAUUCAGGAGUGGAGUUUCUUUAUGCUGGACUGGAGAGUCCAAACUGCAACCUGACAACUCUCAGAGUGAGUUACUCUAAACUCUCUAAAACAAGCUGUGUGGCCCUGACUUCAGUCCUGAGGUCCCCGUCCUGCUGUCUCAGAGAUUUGGACCUGAGUCACAAUGACCUUCAGGAUUCAGGAGCAAAUAUUCUAUUUGUUGGACUGAAGCAUCCAAACUGCAAACUGACGACUCUCGGACUGAGUGACUGUAAACUCUCAGAGAGAAGUUGUGGAGCUCUGUUCUCACUUCUAAGCUUCCAGUCCUGCAGUCUGACAGAAUUGGACCUGAGUAAAAAUGACCUUCAGUAUUCAGGAGUGGAGCUUCUUUAUGCUGGACUGAAGCAUCCAAACUGCAACCUGACAACUCUCAGAUUGAAUGACUGUAACCUCACAGAGAGAAGCUGUGUAGCUCUGACCUCAGUCCUCAGCUCCCAGACCUGCAGUCUGACAGAACUGGACCUGAGUAAUAAUGACAUUCAGGAUUCAGAAGUGGAGCUACUUUAUGCUGGACUGGAGAGUCCAAACUGCAAACUGGCAACUCUCAGAUUCCUGUCAACUCGCCAUCGACACAAACACAGUGGGAAGAAACCUCAAAGUGUCUGAAGACGAGAGGAAGGCGACAUGUGUGGAGGAGCUUCAGUCAAAUCCUGAUCAUCCAGACAGAUUUAAUCGUCCUCAUAUGUUGUGUAGAACUGGUCUGA